AUGGCGCACAGUCAAAAUGUCGGUGUCAUCGAACCUGAUGCCGAUCCAGACGAGGGAUAUGAUACCAUGAGCGUAGCAUCAGAUCUGACCUCCUUGAAAUCGUCUGUGAUGAAUUAUGAAUAUGAGAAUGGUCGCCGGUAUCACGCCUAUCAAGCCGGCAAGUAUAUGCUUCCGAAUGAUGACAAAGAGCAAGAACGGUUAGACAUUCUUCAUCAUGUCUUUCGCUUGACCUUGGGUGGUGCACUCUGCCGGACCGCCCCAGAUUUGCAUAAUCCUGGUACUAUACUGGACAUUGGGACCGGAACAGGCAUCUGGGCCAUCGACAUGGGUGAUGAAUAUCCUUCAGCAGAAAUCAUAGGCACAGAUCUUUCACCGAUACAGCCCAGCUGGAUACCACCAAAUGUGCGAUUCCAGAUUGACGACGCCACUCAGGAAUGGGCUUUCCCUCCAGAGUCUUUCGAUUUCAUCCAUGCUCGUGGUAUGGCUGGUAGUAUUCGAGACUGGCCGGAACUGUUACGGCAAGCAUAUAUACAUCUAAAGCCUGGUGGACGUAUUGAGCUGUCAGAAGGACGUCCACACAUGUGCUGUGAUGACAACACGUACUCUGAGCAGUCGGCGACGUAUCGAUGGGUGUCCGAGUUUUACAAGAUAUCUCGAGGUGCCGGUCUUGAGUUUGAUAUGUUUCCGCAAUACGCAGGUCUUCUCGAAGCAGCCGGGUUCGUCAACGUCAAAACUCAUGAAGAACCGACUCCUAUCGGUACGUGGCCCAAGAACAAACGAUUGAAGCAGAUCGGGUUGUUCUUCGAACUUCAGUUCCUGGAAGGUGCCGUCGAUGGAUAUUCCCUAGCACUCUUCACUCGCCUUGGAGGGUGGAGCGAAGCGGAAACGCAAGUGCUCCUGGCCCAAGUACGAGCAGAAACCAAGAGUAAAAAGAUGCACUUGUAUACUCACUCUUCAUAUGCUACAGCGCAAAAGCCUUCGGCUGCUUGA